CUGAACAAGUUAUCAAAGCAAGCAGAAUUAGUAAUCAUAGUUCCAACCAUGGCUCUGCAUAAGAUAUUAGUCUUCUCUGUCUUCUUCACACUCGUCUAUGGCGAACAAUUUCCUUCCUCCAAAAACGUAAAGACUGAGCUGAAGACAUACAUUGUUCAUGUCAAUAAGCUAGACACAAGCACUGAUCCCUCUCUAUCCGACGACACGAAAAGCUACCACGAAUCGUUUCUGCCUGUGAGCACCACCACAACAGACUCCUCUGCAGAAAACCGGCAGCUGAUCUACUCGUACCAGAACGCGAUCAGCGGCUUCUCAGCAAGGCUGACUGCCGAAGAAGUCGAAGCAAUGAAGGCCAAGGAUGGUUUCAUCUCAGCACGUCCAGAAAGGACAUACCGGCGAUUCACAACCCAUUCUCCCAACUUCCUUGGGUUGCAUCCAGAGACGGGGCUCUGGAAGCAAUCAAGCUUUGGUAAGGGUGUCAUCAUCGGAGUUCUCGACACCGGGAUCUUCCCCACUCACCCUUCCUUCAGCGGCGCAGGACUGCCUCCUCCGCCUGCUAAAUGGAAGGGGAAGUGCGAGUUUGAGGCUGCAAAGUGCAACAACAAACUCACUGGCGCCAGAUCGUUCAACCUAGCGGCGAAUGCCUCGCAGCAGACGCCGCUAGACGACGACGGACACGGCACGCACACGGCCAGCACGGCGGCGGGCGCGUUCGUCAAGAAUGCUAGCGUUUUCGGUAAUGCUUACGGCACUGCUGUCGGGAUAGCGCCGUUAGCUCAUCUGGCGAUAUACAAGGUCUGCUUCGGACCGGACUGCCCCGAAAGCGACAUUCUGGCCGGGCUGGACGCCGCGAUUGAAGACGGCGUCGACGUGCUCUCGAUCUCCCUCGGCGAGGACUCGAUGCCGUUCUUCAACGACAACAUCGCUAUAGGAUCCUUUGCAGCGGUUCAGAAAGGUAUAUUUGUGAGCUGCGCGGGAGGAAACUCCGGCCCCACCGAGCAGACCAUCACGAAUGAGGCCCCAUGGAUUCUCACGGUCGGAGCUAGCACCAUCGACAGGAGCAUCAGAGCCACGGCCAAGCUGGGCGACGGCCAGGAAUUCGACGGGGAAUCCGUUUUCCAGCCGAAAGACUUCCCUCCGACGCCGCUGCCCCUCGUCUACGCGGGCGCUGACGGCAAUGAAGAUUCCGCAUUCUGCGCCAACGGAUCACUGGCAGGCGCCGACGUCAGAGGGAAGGUGGUGCUAUGCGACAGAGGCGGCGGCGUCGCGAGAGUGGACAAAGGAGCAGAAGUGAAAAACGCUGGUGGCGCAGCCAUGAUCCUGGCCAACGACCAAGCCAACGCCUUCAGCACUUCAGCCGACGCCCAUCUCCUCCCCGCCACGCAUGUAUCCUAUGCCGCCGGAUUGAAAACGAAAGCUUACAUAAAUUCAACCACCAUGCCCACCGCGACGAUCUUGUUCAAAGGGACCGUAAUCGGCGACUCAUUAGCCCCCAUUGUUGCUUCCUUCUCCUCAAGAGGCCCCAGCAUGGCGACCCCAGGGAUCCUGAAGCCGGACAUCAUCGGCCCCGGUGUCAACAUCCUCGCGGCAUGGCCUGUUCCCCUCGACACGAACACGAACACAAAACUGACUUUCAACGUCGAGUCAGGCACAUCCAUGGCGUGCCCUCAUCUCAGCGGCAUGGCGGCGCUGCUAAAAAGCGCUCACCCCUACUGGUCUCCCGCCGCAAUCAAAUCCGCUAUCAUGACCACAGCCAAUCUCGUAAACUUGAAAGGCACAGCGAUCGUCGAUCAAACUCUAACGGCGGCAGACCUUUUCGCGACCGGAGCAGGGCACGCCAACCCGUCAAGGGCAAACGAUCCCGGCCUAGUGUACGACAUUGCAACCGAUGAUUACAUCCCGUAUUUGUGCGGGUUAGGCUACUCCGACCAACAGGUUAGCACCAUCGCGCACAAGUCUGUACACUGCACCUCGGAAAUUGGUGAGGGGCAGCUUAACUACCCGACGUUUUCGGUUGAGCUUGGGUCAUCUCAGAGUUUCACGAGGACUGUGACGAAUGUUGGCGCGGCGGCGUCAUAUUAUAGCGUGAAGAUCGUAGCGCCGCAGGGCGUGAGCGUCAGCGUGCAGCCAGCGAGGCUGCAGUUCACAAAAUUGAACGAGAAAGCGUCGUAUGCUGUGACGUUUAGCCGCAGUGGCAACAAUACUAGUUCGUUUUCUCAAGGGUAUCUGAAAUGGGUUUCGUCCAAGUAUACUGUUAGGAGCGUCGUAUCGGUGAAAUUCAUUUGAGCCGAAUAGCUACUGUGUAUCAGCACUUCGGUACAGGGCAAGAAAAGAAACAGACGAAUUGCUCUGUUCGUUUUCAAAUAUGAAAUACUACUCCCUCCGUCCCAAUAAAAGUGGCCACUUUUUUUUGGGCACGGAGAUUAAGAAGGAGAUUGUUAUGUUUUAAUUGAGUGUGACCCACCAAAAUUAGUGAGUAAUUUUUAGAAAGUGGCAUACAAUUGUUGACCAAAUUAGUGAGUAAUUUUGACAUUUUUAGAAAGUGGCCUACAAUUGUUGACCAAAUUAUU